GCCGCCGUCGUCUGACGGAGCAGGCGGAGCGGCUGGAGGAGGAGGAGACGGCCGGAGACAGACCGCGCCUCGGGUCACACGUCUCUGAAAAUGUCUCAGGUCCACAUGCUGAGAGCGGCGGUGGAGCAGCGACUGGCCGCGGCUGCUGAGGAGAUUUUCGGGCUGUUUGAAAGAACCAUCGCGGAGUACGAGCAGCGGAUCGACCGCCGACGCAGCGGGCUGGAGGCUGAUGUGAUGCCUGAGACAAACUCAGCAGAUGUCUACAAAUUUAUUGUACAUAAAGAAGAGGUUUCACCUGAGCAGCAGGAGCGGAGCCCCAGUCUGGACCAGGAGGACCCACCAGAGCCCCCAAACAGUAAAGAGGAACAGGAGGAACUCUGGACCAGUCAGCAGGGAGAGCAGCUUCAAGGACUGGAGGAGGCCAAUAUCACCAAGUUCACAUUCAGUCCUGUCCCUGUGAAGAGUGAAAACGAUGGAGAGGACUGUGGAGGAUUAGAACCAGCCAGGAACUCGGACCCAGAUUGUCAUUUAGGACGAGUUGGGGAUGAAAAGGUGUCAGAUUCUUUUGAACCUGCAGCAAAUGUCAGUGAUGAUUGGAAGGUAACCAGGGAAAAUCAGUCAGGUUUAAAUUCUCUGAAAAGUAAUGGAUGUUUUACUAGUGAGAAAUCAUUUCACUGCUCUGAGUGUGGUAAACGAUUCAGCCAAAACUCAAAUCUAAAGACACACAUGAGAAUUCACACAGGAGAGAAACCUUUUAGCUGCUCAGUGUGUGGUAAAAGAUUUAUACAGAAGAUACAUCUGAAACACCACAUGUCACGUCACACGGGGGAGAAACCAUUCAGCUGCAGCGUUUGUGAUAAAAGAUUCACUUGGCUUUAUCAGCUCAAAAACCAUCAGUGUGUUGAUGGGUCCUCGCAGCUUCAUCAGAGUCAGACUAAGGAGAACAGAGAGGCAGAGCCUCCAGCCACCAACUCCGCUGAAGAGAUGGAGACUGAAGCUGAUGGAGAGGACUGUGGAGGACCAGAACCAGCCAGGAACUCAGAUCCAGACAGACAUUUACAACCAGGUACUGAGGACAAGGCUUCAAUUUGUUCCGUGCCUGAGACUAAAGUUCCUGUAAGUGACAAUAGAUUAAAUAAUGGUAAGAAACCAUUUAGUUGCUCUGAGUGUGGCAAAACAUUUGGCUUCAAGACACAUCUGCAGGAACAUCUCAGGUGUCACACAGGAGAAAAACCGUUCAGCUGUUUGGUUUGCAACAAAUGUUUUUCAUGGAGAAGAGAACUACAGAGACACAUGAGAAUCCACACGGGAGAGAAAAGACUGAGCUGCAGUGUCUGUGACAAAACGUUCAGUUGGCCUUAUCAGCUCGAGCUCCAUCAGUGCGUUGGUGAGUCCUCAGAGCUUCAUCAAACGCGACCUCAGUCAGCUUUAAAUUCUCUAAAAAGUCGUGAGGUCCCUGUAAGUGAUAUGGGAAACAUCCCCAAGAAACAAUAUCCCUGCUCUUUGUGUGGGAAAAUAUUCGGCUACAAAGACUCUCUGCUGAGACAUGUACGGUGUCAUACAGGAGAGAAACCAUUUAGUUGCCCAGUUUGUGGUAGACAGUUUAGAGACAGAGGAAAUAUGGGACAGCACAUGGUCGUUCACACAGGGGAGAAACGUUUUAGCUGCAGUGUAUGUAACCAAAGAUUCAGUUGGAAUAAACAGCUCAAAAAACACAAGUGUGAUGGUGAGAGCAGCAGCAGAAGAUGAACCUCGGAAGGAUGAACGGUGAUUGAUUUUUAGAGCUCAAGUUAAAACAGACUUUACGAAGUGCUUCACGAUGGAGGAUAACAUUGAAAGCUCCUCAACAGGGAGAUAAUGGCCUGACUGAAAAUGUAAAGAACGGUAAAACGCAUCGCUCACUAAAUCUGCCUUUGACAUUUUACAGAACAGUGUGUAGACUGCAAAAAUAACAACGCAAUCAGUGAGACUGGCAAACAACCCUAAACGACGAUAUUUUACUGUAAGGUUACACGUCUCUCCGGAUGCGUAAUCACCUUCCCGCCAUAUCACCUGCAGCCCUCAUUAGUAAACUGUGUUUACGCUGGUCUGAAGUCAGUGUAAGCUUCGUUCUCCUUAGUGCACAUUCUAAAGACCAGUUUGUGUGUGCGUGUGCAUGGUUUUUGUGGGUGUGCAAUGUUUCUACAUCUGGCCCCUGGUCUCUUAAACCCCGCUGCUGUCCUGCUGAGGUUUAGUCUGAACCAGCUGCUGUGUCCUAAAGGAAACACCUAAAUGCCACUAGAGGUCGUCAUAACUGGGCUUUAGCUUAAAUCUGCUCCACACCAGGGCCAGAUGCUCUAAAGAGGAAUUUAGGAAUAAAAAAACUUCUUUGCUGAAAGUGAAGAGUAAGACUCUUAUUAAGUGACUCACUCCAACUGACAGACAAGUCUCGACGUCACCUUUAAGAGCAGCCCAAGUGGACAGGUUAAAGUUUUCUCAAGUCUGUCUUAAAACAAUACUGUCAUGCACGUAUGUACGUUGAAGGGGUUACUGGUUGCUUCAGUUGUUUUCCCUGUUCAUACUGGUUAUGAAAAGGUCCCUUCUGAACCGAUUCUAAUGGAAGUGAUGGGGGACAAAAACUCAAAUCCAAUAUGCUGACAUUUUUAGUGAUGUGUUAUUCUGCAAAAGCCUAUGUAAUGGUUUUGUUUGUUUGUUUCUUUAAAGCCAUUUUCUAUUUGUGUGAAAUCCGUAAAUAA